GCUUCCGGUCGGGCGGGAAGGAUGUUGGCGAGCACGAUUGAGACGGUAGACUCCAGGCAAACGCGGCUGGCUGCGGACUGGUCGGCAUCUCCCUGCUGAGUUGCGGUCAUGUUUCUCCAGUAUUACCUCAACGAGCAGGGCGAUCGCGUCUAUACGUUGAAGAAAUUUGACCCCAUGGGACAACAGACUUGCUCUGCCCAUCCUGCUCGGUUCUCCCCUGACGACAAAUACUCAAGACACCGAAUCACCAUCAAGAGACGCUUCAAGGUGCUCAUGACCCAGCAACCGCGUCCUGUUCUCUGAGGGUUCGUUGAUUUCAUGUGCUUCCCGCCCCCAGAUCGAUUAUCAGUAACCAAACGCGUCAGUCCCGUGAGCAGUGAAGCCUUCCCAUGCUGUUUGGAAUCCUAUGUUACUACGUGAUUGAGUCUGUCGUGAUGGGCAUCGCCCGUAAAAUGAACAGUCUUAACUUUUUUUUUAUGCUUUGAAUUACUGCCAGGUUAUUAAAGAGACAAUGACUUGAAA